AUGACAGAGUAACCACUUUUCAUAACUGAAAAUAAACAUAUAUUACCAACUCUAGAAAAAAUACAUCCUGAUUAAGCCAAAAAUAUGUAAGAACUAUGUUAAGAAAUGGAAUGUCUAAUAGAUUAAACUAAUACAAAUGUAAAUUAAAUGUUAAAGUCAUAAUAAAACAAUAUUCUAAAUGCAUUUAAAUAAGUUUUAGAAACCAUGAAAAAAGACAUAGAUAGAAUAAAUGAAAAAUUUCAUUAAUAUGUUGAAUAUAAUGAAUAAGAAUCACAAGUUAUUUAAUUAUAUUAUUAUAGGUUAUUAAUGCUUAAAAUAAGAUGGUAUAUUUUAGAUAAGAAUGUCAUUCAUUAAAUGAAUAAUGUAAACACUUAAAGUUAAAUGUCUAAACACUUACAAAAACAAAUAAAUUUUUAGAAAAUGUAUUUAUUUAACUAUAAUUAAGGAAUUAAUGUUUACUAAAGAAGCAUUAAUCAAAUAAGUUAAAAAAAAUGAAAAACUUUAAUAAACUAUUUAAAGAUUUAAAGAAUAAUUAUAUGAAUAUUAAGAUAUGAAAAAUUAUAACUAUAAUCUUAAAAUAUUAACAACUGAACCUAAAAUGCUUUAAGAUUAUUAAUAAUAGAUAUAGGCAAGUGUCAGAAGAGCUAGAUUUGAUUCUUCUCAUAAAAAGAACACUUCAUUUAACUCAAUAGCUAAUUCAGAUACCAAAUCUAAAUAUAUUUUAACCUAGUAAACAAGAGCAUAAAGUUUAUAAAAGAGUAUUGUUGCCAAAAGAUCUACUAUAUUUGAAAAUAGUAUUUUAGACAAAUCUUAGCAAUAAGACCAGAUAUUUGAAUACCCUAGAUUUCAAUCUUUAAAAUAGGAUAAUGAUAAUAAAUAAUGA